AAAAUCAGAGGCGUUCCCUUGCUAUAACGGGACCAACCUGUUAGCAACAUCCUCACAGCUGCUGAUUAAAGCGGCUUAGUGUCGGCUUUAUAUUUCAAUCAAAUUAUUCAAUAAAUAUCUACUAAACAAAUAUACUGAUAUUUUCCAGAUGUCAGGUCGUACGAAGAAGAGUAUGGGGAUGUGUCUGCCCUGCCUGGGUGGAGCUGCAGACGACGUCGUGGUGACUCCUGAUCCUGAAGUAAGGAGGCGACAACUGGCAGAAGCCGCAGAGAAGCGACAGAAAGAGAGCACACACAGAGGCAUCAAGAACCCAGAAGCCAUGGAAAGGAAAAAGAAGAAACAAGAAGAGAUUGAAAAGCAGGCAAUGAGCACAUCACCAUCCGGAGGCGGGGGGCUUAGGUGGCAGGUUGGAUAACGUGAUGCGAAGAGAAGACAACUGGUGUCAACUUAGCAGCUCAGCCCACACGAAUGGUGUUCACCAUCCAAAGAGACGGGUGGUGUUUUUUUCUUUUUUUCUUUACAAUAAAAGCUUUUUGGGUC